UUGUAUUGUGUACAGUUUGUCAGUGCUCAUUUCAAACGCUUAAAAGGGAUACCAGUCUCAAUGCAUUUCUGUAAACAACGGACAACAACGGACCGGAAAGACGCAUUACACAUACUGAAACCGUCUAAACAGACAAAGAGGCCCACUUUUAUAGAAAAUACUACACUUCCAUUAAAGUUACAUAAUCAAAGUUGAGAAGAUGCCGUUGGAAGACCAACCAAACAGUGGCACUGGACCUUCCAGUUCGGACCAGGACCAGAGCUCGGACCCUGCACAGGCCCAAGCAGAAGAGGGGACCCAAGAGAUGGAGAUCCAGACUUCGGACUCGGAUCCUCUGGAAUCAUCGGGAGAAGGGGAGAUCCUGAGAAAGAGACAAAGACAGCAAUCGCCGGCGCCUGGUUCUUCCACAUCCACAGGAGGGCCGCAUGGAAGUUUUGCUGGGAUUGAAGCCUCUCCUCAUAAAAACAAGACUUUUGAAGAACUGAUCACAGCUGCUGGUGUUGUCUCCAACAUGGCCCUCGCCCAUGAAAUCGUAGUCGAUGGGAACUUCAAAUUGUCGCCUCGUGAAAUGCCAGAGAAUUCAAUUGAGAAGCAGGUGCAUAAGGUUGUCCAUCAGGCAUUCUGGGAUAGCCUGGGCGCCCAACUUUCCGACGACCCGCCAUCGUAUACGCAUGCUGUCACCCUCAUAGGAGAGAUCAAAACGAUUCUACUGUCACUGCUUCUUCCGCACAAUGACAAGAUCAAAACUCAAAUUCUCGAGGUCAUGGACCUCACCCUCAUUCAGCAACAGGCUGACCACCAGGCCCUCGAUGUCGGUAAGCUGACGGCCUUUGUAGUCCAGGUGAUGUCCAAGCUCUGUGCUCCAGUCAGGGAUGAAGAGAUUGCCAAAUUGGCCACCCUGACUGAACCGGUCGAGAUCUUCAGGGAGAUCUUCCGAGUCCUGGACCUCAUGAAGCUAGACAUGGCAAACUUCACCAUUCAGAGCCUACGACCUCACCUGCAACAGAAGUCCAUCGAGUACGAGAGAAACAAGUUCCAGGAAUUCCUCAAAACCCAACAAGAUGGCUUACAGUAUACGAGUGAAUGGUUAGAACAAGCGAGAGAGAAUCUAGCAGAUAAGGUCAAGAAACAACAGGCGCUGCAGCAACAACAAGCUCAACAACAAGCAUCUUCAUCUAGCGAAGGGGCCUGUGGCAAUGGGCCAGUGCCAAGCUCCGUCAUCUCACCGGCAGCCAUUUUGAAUCACGCUUAUGUCGAUCUGCUGAAUGCUGACCCCAGGGAAGCCAUGACCUUUCCAGAGACCAUCCUGAUGGACCAGGGACGUUUCUAUGAGCUAGGGUCACAGGUCAGGAAGCUUGUCCUGGUGGGCUCUGUCCUUCUGGUGACUUACACCAACACCGGUAACAUGUUAGCAGGCAUCCAGGGCUUCCCUAGUCAACUCAAACACAACCUCUUUGUCCUGUUAGACGGUGCAAGUGACUUCAAUGCUGUGAUUGACAACCUAGCACUUCAAGUAACCAAAGAAGUGAAUGAGUGCUUGAAAACUCAUGGAUUUCCGGAGUUUGAUGAGCUGAGGAUAGAAGCAUUUAAGAGUCAGAUUAGAUCACUAGCUCUCAAAGAUAACCACAUACACAGUAUUCUAGAUUUGAGACUCAGGGGAUUCCUUGUAUCCGCCAUUGCAGCUCCCUCUAAGUUUGACCCUUCCGCCAACAUUCCACCCGGCUUGACCACCAUGCAGAGUCAGGUGGUCGAAACGGCCAAAGCCUUCGUCCGACUGGUCGUCCACAACCGAGCCGUCUUUGGACCCUUCUACGCUGAGAUACUCACAAAGAUGGUCAAGCCUCUGGUCACAGAGUAAGAGGACAUGGGGGAAACGGAAAGGUGAAAGUUAGAAGGAGGAAGAUAUGAUGAAAGAAAAAGAAAAGGAAAGUUAAACAAGCUUGCCCUUAUAAAAAUAGAGUAUAAAUAGAACAGCAAAUGACUUGAGAAGGUAGAUCCUUGGACCAUUUUGUUGUUGAAUAAUGUCUCAGGUCAUGCAGCCGGAGUAGGGAACAUGAAGAAGGAAAGAUUGGAGGGAGGGUGAAAGAGAGGAAGACUGACUGUUGAGGAAGAGU